AUGCUACCGGAAAAGGGCAAGACAAUGGCUGGGGCCAAGGGAAAACUAGACCACGCCAGUCAAGUCAAGGAAACACUGGAACCACACUUUUGGGUUGAGAGGUUUACAUGUGGUCACUUGGCUCAGCUCAAGUUUGUUUUACCUGAGGUGAUUGAGAUAAAGAAAGUUCUUGUUAAGGAUGAGAGAACCAGUUGUCUGAAGCCUGAUCUUCAUGUCACUAUCAAUGUUGAUGCACUAGAGAGUGAUGGCAAGGCGAAAUCUGAAGGUGGUGGGAGUAUGCAAUUGAGGAAGACGUUCCGCAAACGGCUUGCAGAUAUUUCAAAAUCCCAUCCUGAGGAUUAUGAAAUUCCAGAAGAAAUUUUGCCUCAGCCAUUCGAUAUUAGGAAGCAAGAUAUGCAAUCAGAUACAGGCAAGCUUCUCUUGUCAUCAUCUCCUGGUGACAUAUUGACUGAUGUACACACAGUUGAGCAGCCAGCAGUGUCAACAAGCUGCCUUCAGGGCGAUGAAGUUCCAGAAUCAAACCUCAAUGCAGUUUGCUCUGUUGGGGAAAGGAGUACUUGUGCUUCAUUGUAUGGCCAAGUGCCUGUGACUCCAACCAAAGGCAUAGACCCCAUAGAAAAUGAUGGUAGUUUGCCCACACAAAGUGAUAGCAUUCAGUCGACUCCAGCAAAUCUUGCUUCAACUCCAGCUAGGUUGAUGGCUGACACGCCUGCAUUGCACCGACCAAAGCGAUGUUAUAUGAGCCCAGAUGAUAAUUCUACUAGCUCACCGAACAAGUUGGUUAGGCGUCCUCCACGCUCCAGGUCUUUGAAAUUUGACACUCCUGUGAAGAAUAAAAAUGUUGAGGAUGAAGUUCCUGAUAUGGGUGGUGCAUCAAUCGAUAAUGACAGCCUCGAUAUUCUUCCAGAGGAUCUUUUGCAAUCGCUUAGAGAAAAGGAGAGGAAGGCAAUAGAGGAGAGAAAUCCAGCCAUCUCAGAAGCAAAGAGGCGGCACCAAAUGAUUUCCAGCCUGCCUAAGCUCUUCAAUAUGAUUCAUUUCCUAUUGCAGUCUAUGAACCGUUCCGUUAUCACAAAAGAGGAGCUUGUACACAAGCUAAUCUGGACCAAUUUUGAUAUUGUUGACAGAAAGGAAGUUCAAGAGCAGCUAAAAUUGUUGCUAGAGCUGGUUCCUGAUUGGAUUUCUGAGAAACAGUUGGCAUCUGAAGCUGAUUUGAUUAUGAUCCACAUUAAUAAAAUGUCAGAUCCCGAGUCCAUACGUGCAAGGCUUGAGGAAGCAAAGUGA